CUACAUAUGUACAUAACUAUCAAAUAUUCUUAUUCAACAUUUUGUUUGAAUUGAAUUGAACUUCCUUCACUUCAAAAAGUUAUGGCCACAUAUGCCACGUAUGCCAAGCACUUCGCAACAUGGCAAAAACCACAACUGAUAAGCCCAAGACAAUAGUGUUCUUGCAUCCAGACCUUGGCAUAGGGGGUGCCGAGAGAUUGGUUGUUGAUGCUGCUGUUGGCUUGCAGAAUCGCGGACAUAAAGUCGUCAUAUUCACAAGCCAUUGCGAUCCAAACCAUUGCUUCGAUGAGGCUCGAGAUGGCACACUUGACGUCCGCGUGCGUGGAAAUACUAUCGUCCCCCCCUCGAUCCUCUUCCGAUUUAGCAUCCUCUGCUCCAUCCUCCGCCAACUCCAUCUAAUCCUACAAAUCUACUUCACAUCCGAGCUUCAGGACCUACGACCCGAUGCCUACUUCGUCGAUCAGCUCAGCGCCGGCCUGCCGCUCCUACAAUACCUCUACCCCCAGGGCCGCAUCUUCUUCUACUGCCACUUCCCGGACCUCCUCCUCGCCCAGGGCCGCCAGAAAUGGUGGAAGCGUGCGUACCGCCUCCCAUUCGACUGGUGGGAGCAAUGGAGCAUGAGCUUCGCCGACGCCAUCGCCGUCAACUCCAACUUCACAAAAGGCGUCGUCAGCCGCACCUGGCCCUCGCUGGUGAGCCAGAAGGACCUCAAGGUCGUGUACCCCUGCGUCGACACUACGGUCAAGGUCGACAUCGAGGAGGAGAAGGGGAGGUGGAAGGGCAAGAAGCUGCUCCUCAGCAUCAACCGCUUCGAGCGCAAGAAGAACAUCGCCCUCGCCAUCCGCGCCUUCUCCGGCCUCGCGCCCGAAGCCCGUAAGAACGUCAAGCUCGUGCUGGCGGGCGGCUACGACCCCCGCGUCACCGAGAACGUGGGCUACCACCAGGAACUCGUCGCCCUAACCGAGUCCCUCGGCCUCACCUGCAGCACGGCGCACGCGCCCCGCGACAUUCCAACCGACGUCGACGUCGUCUUCGUGCUCUCGGUGCCCAGCCUCCUGAAGCGCCUCAUCCUCGAGUGCACGCAGCUCCUGAUCUACACGCCGACCAACGAGCACUUCGGCAUCGUGCCCCUCGAGGCCAUGCUCGCCGGCGUCCCCGUCCUCGCCGCCAACACCGGCGGCCCCACCGAGACCGUCGUCGACGGCGUCACCGGCUGGCUGCGCGACCCCGACCGCGUCGACGACUGGACCGCCGUCAUGGACCGCGUGCUCAACAGGAUGACGCCGCAGGAGCUGAACGCUAUGGCGUGGGCGGGCAAUGAGAGGGUUAAGGAGGGCUUUGGCCUCGCGCAGAUGGCGGAACGGAUCGAUGGGAUUAUUGCGCCGAUGUGUGGUGAGUCGGUGGCGAGGGCGAGUAAGGGGCCUGGGAGGAUGCGGGUGUUGGGGGUGUUGGGAGUUGUGGGCGUGGCGGUCGGUGUGCUUGUUGCGGUUGUGUGAUUAGGGCGUUGAUAUGAUGUGAUAGAGAUAGAGACGGCUGACUGCCUAAUAGCUACUCAGGUACGUAACGAAGGCUAGGCAUCUACCUAAGCAGGUAUCAGUGAGCUCAUAUAUACCUAGCUGGAGGUACCGCGUGGGCUCUCCUGCUUGUUCAUGAUUCCAACGAUGAUGUCUUACUUAGAAAUAGACUCCAAGAUAGAUGGAUAUACCCCAUGA